AUGCCGUCUUCGGGGUCCAUAGCGAGCGAUGCGGAGUACGCAGACUACGUGCAAGAGCGUCUCAAUUCCGUGGCUAUUUACGAACCGGGGGCAUUUUCGUGUUCGUCGCUGGACGACGACGACGUGGACGACGUGGACGUGAAACGGAUUUUGGCGGAAUACGGUGGUGGACUGGAGCUCAGCGAUUGCGAUUCGGUGGGAUUUUCGUCGGCUUACAACGCAGCCGCGGCAGCGGUGGCGGUUGAAGAGGAGGUGGCCGAAGAUGAGGUGACUGGAGACUUUUACGAGCACUGGGACGAGGCUUUACGAGACGUGAGCGCGGUGUAUCCUCCUCUGGGAGUCAGCCGGGCCGUUACCGGAUCGGAGACUUUAGUAGUCCCGAAAACGGGCGAUCUGACUUCACGGAUGCGUACGAUUGACAAAUGCCAUCAUGACGGCAAAGACGACAAGUCGGCUGCUGGGGCCCGGGAACUUCGGAAAUGUCUGGAAGGAGCUCUGUAUGGUCGGGACGCCGAAGAGUUUGUGAUCGCCCAACCGUACUGCAUCGCUGACAAGAAUUUGGACUUUGGCAAGUCCAAUAUUUCACACAAGGCGGUUAACGAGUCUAGGAAGAAAGUAGAGGAUUGGAUAAGUAAAUAUCUAAUAGUCGGCCAAAGUGAAUGCCGUAACGUGGUAUCAAACGGAUAACUGUUUGGUAUAUAUUUAUUGCGUCGGAUUUUAUUUAAAAAUCGAUUUAUACAAUAAUUGUUAAUGUGAAUUUGUAUUAACCAACAUUAGUAUAAAUAUAAUUAACCUCGAGAAUAAUUAAUGACUUUGUCGAUUAUUAUUUAUAUGUAGGUACUUACAUUGUUUACAUUUUCAACUAGGUAUAAUCUAUUAAAAACACGAUGC